GAGAACCGUGUUUAGGCUUGAAGAGGCAACACCAAAUCUACUUCCAAGCCUCUUCUCUUUUUCAAAUCUUCUUUUCUUUUUCCUUUUUCUUCUUAAAAACUGGAUUCCUUUUAUCUUUUACCGAAAAACAGCAUGGUCGGACCUUCCCUUGACACCACCAAGCGCCACCUCAAACCGCCGUCCUCCUCCUCCACAACGUCCACCAUCAAGUUCCUUUGCAGCUACGGCGGCAAGAUCGUUCCUCGUUAUCCUGACGGGAAACUCCGUUAUCACGGUGGCGAGACCCGCGUCCUCUCCGUGGACCGCUCCAUUUCCUUCUCUGCGCUGUUGUUGAAGCUCGGGGAGUUGUGUGGGAAGGAAGUGAGUCUCCGUUGUCAGUUGCCAAAUGAGGAUGUAGACGCUCUGGUAUCGAUCACCUCGGAUGAGGAUCUGGUUAAUCUCAUCGAGGAAUACGAUCGAGCUGCAACCCCAAAGAUCAGGGCCUUCCUAUCUAUGCCUAAAAAAAUAUCUCCUCCUCUUUCCUCGUCGUCGUCGUCUUCAUCAUCAUCAUCAUCCUCAUCAUCACCUUCUAAUAGCUAUGUUGCCACUGUUGGUUCAACGGCUUCAACUUCUACACCGAGAUGCUAUCAUCAAAUCUCGAAGCCGGUAGCCUAUCCUGUGAAGAAGAUUCUUCCUCAUCCUCACUAUGUUUACCAUGUCCCUGGAAACACUAGCCAUGCCUACAUGGUUCACAACGGGAAUCAUUGGCAAUAGCUGCUGCGGAACUGAACUGAGACAUAUGAGAUGAUGAACCAUAAAUAGUAAAAGAAAAGGGAAAAUACAUUAAGAAAAAAGAAAAAGAAUGGAGCUACCGAUAAUAUAUAUGAAUUGUAAUUUGGGGACUGUAUAUCGUUAAGAAGGAUUUGCUUUUUGGUCCGUGGAUAUUAAUGAAUUUUCAGUCCAAUUUCCGAAUUUGGAUGCUCAGGAAAAAAAAUUCCAAUUAUUGUGAUGGUUAACUUGGAGAUUCUGGUGGGUAAACUUGGAAUUAAGAUGAUGGAGAAGCAUUUGCGAAGGAUUCUUCUCCCCGGAAAAAUGCAUUCGCUGGGGGGUAAACUCUAUAUCUUUCGUUAAAGACGCCAUCAAUUUUCAUUUCUGAUUUAUUUACAUGCAUUACCUGCCACAAUAUUAUGAAACUGAUUUGGGAACUCCUGAGUUGAUGCCACAGGCCUAUAAACUAUUUUGGUUUCUUUCUCAUUA